CUAUCUGGUGUUGGAGCGCCGAAGAAACGGCAGGGGGCAGUAAAAAACUUGUCAUCAUUUGUCGCCGCGACACAUUUAACGGAGAAGAAACAUGGGCAGCAUGAUGACAUCACAUGGUGUAGUCACCGGCGCUCGGCGCGGAAGCAGCGGUGUAUGACUCAUUAUGGCCUCGGAUGACAUCUCACAGCUGGCUGAUGCCCUCGCCAAGACACAUGUAGGAGAUGGAGAGUUGAGCUACAAAGGCCUGGGACGAAAGCUGGACGAUGCAGAUUCAGUGGAGGACCUGGUCCAUGAGAUAGAACAUUACCAGGGUCUGAGAGCGCUGCGUCUGGAGGGGAACACUGUGGGAGUAGAGGCAGCUCGGGCCAUUGCCAAGGCUUUGGAGAGUAAAGACCUGCUUCAGAGAUGCUACUGGAGCGAUAUGUUCACAGGAAGACUACGUUCUGAAAUCCCAACAGCUCUGAGGUCUUUGGGCAGUGGAUUAAUGACUGCAGGAGCCAGGCUGACUGAGCUGGACCUGAGCGACAAUGCGUUCGGACCAGAUGGUGUGAAGGGAAUUGAAAAGCUGUUAAGAAGCCCAUGCUGCCACACUUUAAGGGAACUGAGACUUAACAACUGUGGCAUGGGGGUCGGUGGAGGAAAGAUCCUGGCUGAAGCUCUGAUUGAGUGUCACAGACAGUCAUCUGCUCACGGAGCUCCCCUCAAAUUGCGGGUGUUUGUUGCAGGAAGGAACCGCCUGGAAAAUGACGGAGCCAGUGCCUUGGCCAAAGCCUUUCAGCUGAUGGGCAGCCUGGAGGAAGUCCACAUGCCUCAGAACGGUAUCAACCACUUGGGUGUAAUGGCAUUAGCUUCAGCCAUGAAACACAACCCAGAACUGUGUGUCCUCAACUUGAACGACAACACCUUCACCAAGAAGGGCACCAUGGCCAUGGCACAGGCUCUGAAGUAUCUGAGAAAUGUCCAGGUGAUUAACUUUGGCGACUGUCUAGUUCGAUCUGAGGGCGCCAUCGCCCUCGCUGCAGUUCUAAGAGAUGGGCUGCCCAUUCUCAAGGAGCUGAAUUUGUCAUUUGGUGAGAUCACAGAGGCAGCAGCGCUGGUCGUGGCUCACGCCGUCAUGGACAAACCUCACAUGGAGAAACUGGACCUAAACGGAAACUGUCUGGGAGAAGAAGGCUGUGAGGCUCUGAGAGAAGCCAUGGAGAACAUGGACAGAGGAGACAUGUUGGCUUCCCUCAGUGAUGAUGAGGGGGAACCUGAUGAUGAAGAUGACGAUGAAAAUGACAAUGCCGAAAUUGAGGAUGCAGAAGAUGAUGUAAGUGAAGAUUCCAGUGAGGAUGAUGAAGAAAUCGUCAUGGGGAAUGGCACCAAGGGAAAUGACAGUCCAGAACAUUGACAUGAUGAAAUCCUGCAGUGUCGCCAGGGAGAGACUGAGCACUGCUCUGGAGAAAGGAUGUCAUGACAAACACACACACACACACACACACACACACACACACACACAUCCAUCCACACUCCAUCAUCCAAACACAACAGAAAUUCCCUUCGCUUGAACUGUGAAAAACCACUGGUCUUCUCCUCUCUUGACUGUUGUAUAUUUGAUGAAGGCUGUCCAGAAUAUCUUAAUAGUUUCCUUUACUUUAUUUUUAUUUUUCUACUGAUUGCUGUUGUAUUUUUCUAGAAAAAAAGAAAGAAAGUAAUACUGGUGAAAAACUAAAACUACACUUAAACAAAUUGUAGAAGUUAAAAUGUGAAAUGAAAAAUAAGAGAAAAAGUGGAGGAAAUAUCUGGAACAUUUUCCACCACCUCUGAUUAUUUGUAUCCUCAUCCUUUUCCUCACUAUUAUUCUACUGAAUAACAGGGAAACAUGUUAUGAUAUAAUUUGCAUUUGUUACAAUGUGUUUAGGUUAUUUAAGGGAAGCAGGUGAAGAGGAUUCUCCUUGACUGCAUUAUAAUUGAGUUAAUGUUUUUUGAAUAUUUUGUCCAGAAUAUAACACUUUUAACCAAAA